AGGCGUUAUUGUUUCUGUUUCAGGUUCAUGUCUGUGUGCUGUUAGUGUUUCUUGUUUUGUAUUAUGUUCAGUUUAUUUUACUAAAACACUCACUCCCUGAACUUGCUUCCCGACUCUCAGCGCACAUCGUUACAGAAUGACACCUAACCUAAGGGAAGCAUCAGGGAGUGUUUUUUUUGUUGUUGGUGGGAACGACGUUGGGUCUGGGAGCCGCUACAGGCUCUCAUGUGUCAGACAGAUCGCCAGGCUCCCCUGCCUCCGCCGGCUCGUCAGGCUCUCAUGCCUCAGCCGGAUCGCCAGGUUCCCCUGCCUCAGCCGGUCUGUCAGGUUCCCGCACUCCAGCCGGCGACAGGUUCCUGAGUAUCAGCAGGGGUGACUGGUCCGCUCCUGAACCCCAGGAUCGUCCCUUUGGCUGGUGUCCUGUGGCUUGAGACGAACGCGCUGGGGAUAGGGUACCGUCACGUAUGCACUCUCUCCGGCGCUCUAGGUCGCCAUGCUCCCAUGUCUCACCCGGACUGACAGAUUUUCUCACGCCUCAGCAGAGGUGACCGGUCCGCUCCUGAUCCCCGGGAUUGUCAUUUUCAUCGGCGUCCUGCGGCUGGAGCCGUGCAUCGGGGAAGAGAUGCACAAUUGAGAGCAUCCUGUUGGGCUACAUCACCGCCUGGUACGGCAACUACAUCGUCCAUAACUGCAGGGCUCUCUAGAGGGUGGUGCGUUCUGCACAACGCAUCACCGGGGGCAAACUACCUGCCCUCCAGGACACCUACAGCACCCGAUGUCACAGGAAGGCCAAAAAGAUCAUCAAGGACAACAACCACCCACUGCCACCCACACUGCCUGUUCACCCCACUACCAUCCAAAAGGCGAGGUUGGUGUCCCCCCCUCACCCUUAGGUGAGAAGGUGCUGGGACAAUGUUUUAUGCUCACUUUGUCCUCAGCAAACGUGGGCCGCUGGCCAAGAUCUGGCUAGCGGCCCACUGGGAUAAGAAGCUCACCAAGGCUCAUGUGUUUGAAUGCAACCUGGAGAGCAGUGUGGAGAGCAUCAUCUGCCCCAAGGUGAAAAUGGCCCUGCGUACAUCAGGUCAUCUGCUCCUGGGGGUGGUGAGGAUCUACAACAGGAAAGCCAAGUACUUGUUGGCUGACUGUAAUGAGGCAUUCAUCAAGAUCAAGAUGGCCUUCAGACCAGGUGUGGUGGAUCUGCCAGAGGAGAACAGAGAAGCUGCCUACAAUGCCAUCACCAUGCCAGAAGAGUUCCACGACUUCGACCAGCCACUACCAGACCUAGACGAUAUCGAUGUCACCAAGCAAUUCACAUUGAACCAGAGUCGAGUGGAAGAGAUCACCAUGAGGGAGGAGGUGGGCAACCUGAGCCUGCUGCAGGAGAAUGACUUCGCUGACUUUGGAAUGGACGACCGGGAGAUGAUGCGUGAGGAGAAUACCUUCGAGGUGGACAUCAUCCACGGGGCGUCAGCCUCUAACCUGCUCCUAGACCCAGAGACCUCGGUUGCCCAGAUCCCAGACAACUCCAACCACCUGGAAUACGACGACCAGUACAAAGAUGACUUCGGAGAGGACCCCAUGGCUGAGAGCGAGGGAGGCAUGCUGGUUGACAAGCUCCUCAGUAACGAGGAUGGGGAUGGCAUUUUCGACGACCCUCCCGUCAUCACCGAGAGCGUGCUGAGACUGCAGGACCACGAUGACGAAGAUGACUUUGAUGCCCUCUCACCAGGAGGUCCAGACAGCCCAGACUCAGGCCCAGCGGAGCUCCUGCCCGCCAUGCAGGACCAGACAGAGCAGACCACGCUGGUACACAACGAGGAGGAGGCCUUCGCCCUGGAGCCCAUCGACAUCACAGUGAAGGAAACCAAAGCCAAGAGGAAGAGGAAGCUAAUUGUGGACAACCUGAAGGAGCUGGACAGCAAGACCAUCCGUGCCCAGCUCAGCGACUACUCUGACAUCGUCACCACGCUGGACCUUGCGCCGCCCACCAAGAAGCUGAUGAUGUGGAAAGAGACUGGAGGCGUGGAGAAGCUCUUCUCCCUGCCAGCACAGCCCCUCUGGAACAGCAGGGUUCUCAAGAUGUUCACCCGCACCCUGACCCCCCUGGUGCCAGACGAAAUGAGGAAGAGGAGGAAGGGAGGUGAGGCAGACAGCCUGGAUGAGUUCCUAAAGGACUUGGAGAAUCCUGAGGUGCCCAGAGAGGAGGCUAUGCAGAGGGACAUCAUCGACCAGACCAUCCUGGAGGAGCCCAGUGUGCUGCAGGCAUCAGCCAUGGAGGGCAGCAGGACCACCCUGGACGAGUCAGUCAUGCCCCCACCCUCCUCCACGCACGGCCAGAAACGCACGGCACAGGACACAGAGCCAGGCUUGCCCAUGGGUACUCUGGAACAGGCCACCAACCAUUCAGGUGUGUCCCAGGAGUUGGACAUGACAGUGUCGCUGCCCCCCGAGGACAGCACCAACCUCAGCCUGUUCCCCGAGCUCGACCUGAUAGAGGAGAAGAAGGACAAGAAGGACGGAGAGGACGGCUCAGACGAGGAUGAGGAGGGUCAGGCCGGUGACCAGGACCGAGAGGAGAGGAGGUGGAACAAGAGAACCCAGCAGAUGCUCCACGGCCUGCAGAGGGUGAUGGCCAAGACAGGAGCCCAGCAAAUUAGCCUGCUGGAUUUGUGCAGGAACAACAACAAGAAGCAGGCUGCCGCCAAGUUCUACAGUUUCCUGGUUCUGAAAAAGCAGCAGGCGGUGGAGCUCAACCAGACCGAGCCAUACAGCGACAUCAUUGCCACCCCUGGAGCCCGCUUCCACCUAAUCUAGAGACUCAACACUGGCUGCUUUUACUCUGAAACUGUAAAAAAAAUCUUCUUACCCAUGUGUUUUUGUCUUUCUUGAGAUAAUGUUUUUUAAAGGUCAAGUGUGGGGAUGUGGUCUCUGAAUCAUGAAUGGUGGGAUUGUAAUUCUGUGUAUUUUGGGCUUUUGUUAUCCAAUGAAAGCACUUGUGUUUUGCUAGAAUGUGAGUGUUAAUCCAAUCAUGUUGCUUUCCAAGGUUUCUAUUUCUCUCCCAUUAAAAAAUAGUUGUUUUAUACCCUUAAGCCAAAAGGAGCAUGUAGUAUUGAGCAAGUUUCUGAAACACUCAACUGAAUUGCAUCUACCAGCAAUCUUAUUUUGUAGACCAAUAGUAUUUUAGUAGCUUCAAGCAUUCCAAUGGGUUUGUUCUUAAUUCUGCUUUUACAGUUCUUGACUGUAAUUUGUUUUUAUAUCGGCAGACAUUUAGGUCUCCAUUGUUGUGGGAUUUGAGAAUGGGCUCCAGAGUGGUGCAAGGCACUGCAUCUCAGUGCAAGAGGCGUCAUUACAGUCCCUGGCUCAAAUCCAAGCUGUAUCAUAUCCGGCUGCGAUUGAGAGUCUCAUAGGGCGGCGCACAAUUGGCCCAGCAUCGUCCAGGGUCGGCCGUCAUUGUAAAGAAGAUUUUGUUAACUUGCCUAAUUACAGGUUUAAAUCAUGUAGAUUUAUUUAAAUAGAAACUCUCUACCCUCAUUGCCUGCUCCAGUUUCAAAUAUUUUUUAUUCCAAGUAAUUCCUCCUGAAUUGCAUUUUAUGGUAUUACUUGAAUAAUUCCCUUUUAAGUCACAUACUGUGUCAAUGAAAAUACUUGUUAAUGGUUUGGCCAGAAGAAGACUUUUUCGCAUCAUAUUUUAAGCUAUUUAACCAAAUCUAAAUUGUGGGUGUCCAGAAAUGACAUUUCAUUCAUCAACUCUUUGAUGCAGCUCAAUGUCAAGUAAUCUCUGGCAAAGAGAAACUUUUAUUUGGUAUUAAUAAUCUAAAAGAUAGUUUUGAUGAAAUGAUAACUACUGGGAAGUCUUAAUUUGCUUAGGUGUUGUGACAGUCAUUCUUCGAUAGCUUGAAUACGAUAUUGCUCAUCUUAUGGUUCAUAGCUACAAAUGCAUUGUUUUGAUACCCACAAACUUCUGAAAUUGUAUAUCAUGUAAUGUUUCAGCUCAUCCCUUUAACUCUGCGUCGGUAAACUUGCAUUCUCCUUUUUGUAUAAAACCCAAAAUGACACCUCUUGUAGAUACUGUUGCUGAAGUGUAUUAUGACACCAUGCCUGUAGUCCUGAGGCCCAGCAACUUGUUACUUUUCUAAUAAAAUGAAUACUGUUUCAACAGUU